GCCGCCGCCGCCGCCCCUGCCUGCGCCUCCCGCCUCCCGCCUUCCGCCGCAGCCCGCCGGGCUUUUCCCCUCCUUCCCAACUGAGUUUGGGCGCCAAGCCCCCGAGUGGUCAUCACGCUGGACCCUGGCGCGGAGCCCUGGCAUCACGACUCGGAGGCCGAGAUUCUCUCCUGGAGUCACCCAGGGGAGAUGGAGCCACCCCAGUGUGUGGAGGAGCUGGAGGAUGAUGUGUUCCAGCCAGAGGAUGGGGAGCCGGGGACCCAGCCUGGGAGCUUGCUCUCUGCUGACCUGUUUGCCCAGAGCCAGCUGGACUGCCCCCUCAGCCGUCUGCAGCUCUUCCCUCUCACGCACUGCUGUGGCCCUGGGCUUCGACCCACCAGCCAGGAAGACAAGGCUACCCAGACUCUCAGUCCAGCCUCCCCAAGCCAGGGUGUCAUGCUGCCUUGUGGGGUGACUGAGGAACCCCAGCGACUCUUUUAUGGCAAUGCCGGCUACCGGCUCCCCCUCCCUGCCGGUUUCCCUGCAGGCUUGCCCCUUGGUGAGCAGCCCGCUGAAGGGCAGUGGCAACAUCGAGCAGAGGUACAGAUUGCCCGAAAACUUCAGCGCAUUGCAGACCAGUUCCAUCGGCUUCAUAUGCAGCAACACCAGCAGAACCGAAAUCGCGUGUGGUGGCAGAUCCUCCUCUUUCUGCACAACCUCGCUUUGAAUGGAGAUGAAAACAGGAACGGGGCAGGUCCCAGGUGAGGCUGGGCUGCCCUCUUCUCAUGGGGCACCACGGAAGGACAUCGGCGAGGACUGACACUGUGUCUUGUGAAGUUGUUGUUGUUUUGUGUUUUUAUUUUUAAAAUUUCUCUCUGUGUACAUAAGACAUACCCAAGCGGGACCUCUUUCCCAGUUCAGGGCCUCGACCAGGAAUGGGACCCUUUGUCAAACACUGUUGAAGUAGAGGCUGGUGUGUCUGUGAUGUGGGACCUCCCAAGGGCUCGGACAAGUAGAUCCUUCGGUCGUCAGUGGUUGAAGACAACCAGGUAGUGAUGUGCUCCGGCGAGUGGACUGUAGUUUUCCCACAGGAACUUAUUUAAGAAAUAGGAGACUGGAUUAGACUCCUGGUUCCACCAAACCUAUCAGCCUUCCACUGUGGAUGGGUCCCAGAUCCGACGAGUCACACUGCUUUAACCCACCAGGGCCUCAGACAGGGCCUUUCCAGCUGCGUGUGGCAACUUCACUAGGUCGGUCAGCCAGCUCCAUGUCUGGGUUCUCCUUGGCCCCAGCCAUUGCCCACCCCAAGGGCUCAGGGAUUCUUGCCCAGCCCCUGUCAUCUCCAGCAGACCUCAGGGAGGGUUGGGUUUCUCCGUGGACCCCUCAAAUGUGCCGCAAAAAUGAACCAAACUUCUGGGU